ACCUAUCAGGGGCGGACUGACCAUUUGGAAACUCGGGCACUGCCUGGGGGCCUGGGGUCAGUAGGGGGCCCCAUGAGAUGCCCCUGGUACCUUUUUCAUAGGCUUUUUUGAGUUUGGGCAAGGACACAGGGGCCCCAUGAUCCCCUAUUGCCCAGGGGCCCCAUGAGUUGUCAGUCCGCCCAUGGUACCUAUGUAUAUACCAGGAAAACUUAAGGUCUCUGCUCAAGCUCCUGUAGGUAUAGUUAUUGUAGUAUCAUACAGCAU